AUGUACGCGGCGGCUCCGAGCAGCAGCAGAUUGGCCGCCGCCGCCGCCUUCGUCGUCGUCUCCCUCUCGCUGCAGCUGCUCCUCCGCCACUUCGGCGCGGCGACGGUCCACCGCGCGGCGGCGCAGGAGCUCGACGAGGCGGAGGAGGACUUCAGCUACCGGCGGGACGCCGGGAACGGGCCGGCGCGGUGGGGCUUGAUCCGGAGGGAGUGGGCGGCCUGCUCCGUGGGUCUCCAGCAGUCACCCAUGGGCCUCUCCGACACCGUCGCGGGGCUCGCCGACCGGCCCGGACGACUGGGCCGCUCCUACCGCCCCGCCGCCGCGUCCCUCGUCAACCGCGGCCACGACAUCAUGGUGAGGUUCAACAGCAACCCGGGCGGCGUGGUGAUCGACGGCGUGGCGUACCGGCUCCGGCAGAUGCACUGGCACGCGCCGAGCGAGCACGCCAUCAACGGGCGCAGGUACGCCCUGGAGCUGCACAUGCUGCACCAGAGCGAGACCAACAGGUACGCCGUGGUCUCGCAGCUCUACAGGAUCUCGCGGCGGCGUCGCGACAGGACCAUCCACAGGCUGGAGCGGUACAUCCGGAGGAUCGCGAGGAGGAAGGACCGCGAGGAGCUCAUCGACGAGGUGGUGGACCCUCGGCGGCCGGUGAGCCGGAGCACGGCCUACUACAAGUACAUGGGCUCCUUCACGACGCCGCCCUGCACGGAGGGCGUGACGUGGGUAGUCGCGCACCAGACACGGCGGGUGACGCGGCGCCAGGUCAGGCUGCUGCGGAACGCCGUCAACGACGGCACCAGGAGCAACGCGAGGCCGCUUCAGGAGGCCAACGGCAGGGGCGUCACCUUCUACUACACCUCGCCGGCGCACGGCCGAGGGGCGAACGGGGACUAG